UAGGCCAACACCCGAUGUGUCACGGCGGUCAAGCAUUGCAUUUUACGAUGUGCAAUAACUGCACUACACCACUGCAGUACCUGUAUAUAGCGCCAGCAAUAGCGUCCUUCAAUGUUUCAUUUCAGCCGUGAAAUAUUAUUUCAUUUUGCUUUUUUAAAUGUGAUCUGAAUUACCUUUUUCUACUGAACCAUGAGAAUCGGGAUUUCCAUCGCGUUGUUCCUGUCUGUACUGGGCCUGGUUCAGUGUAUAGAUAUCAGGAUACAGACCAUACCAGACAGGUACAUCGUGGUACUCAAUGAUGGCGAGAUACUGGACCCUUUGCUCACCCGGAUACAGCAGAAUAUGGUUCCUCGCUCGGGGAGGUUUUCUGUUUUUAGGAAAUAUUACAAAGCACUGAAUGGGUUCGCUGCAGAUAUGUCUGAAGAUGUUGCAGAAAGGGUACUGGAACUCCCUGCAGUGAAGUACAUGGAACAGGAUGCUAUCGGCGUCGUCGAUGUCGCCUCAUCAUCAUGGGGUCUUGAUCGCAUUGAUCAGCACGACCUCCCACUCGAUGAUGCUUUCAACAUCGAAGGUGACGGAGAGGGUGUGACUGUGUACGUGUUGGAUACCGGAGUUCGAGAUACUCAUGAAGAAUUUGGAGGACGGGUUAGUCACGGUGGAGACUACGUCGACGACGGAUGGAACGGUAUUGAUUGUCACGGACACGGGACCCACUGCGCGGGUACGGCAGCGGGAGGAAUCCACGGUAUUGCCAGGAAAGCCAACAUUGUCUCGAUACGGCUCUUCAACUGUGCAGGUUCUGGUUCCGCGUCUGGCACUAUUGCAGGCAUCGAUGAGGUAGCUCAGAAUGCCGUCCUCCCUGCUGUCAUGUCCAUGUCAUUCCGAUUUCUGGCGAAUCAGGCGAUCGACGACGCCGUGGCUCGGGCCGUCGACGCCGGGGUCGUUGCCGUCGCCGGAGCUGGUAACGAGAACAUGGACACCUGCCUUUUCUCUCCUGCUCGGGAGCCAAAGGCAAUCACUGCUGGAGCAACGGAUCGGGAUGACAAGAGGGCGAGUUUCUCCAACUUUGGUUCUUGCGUAGACAUCUUUGCCCCCGGUGUGGCUAUCGUCAGUUCUUCAUCUGCAUCCGAUACGGCCAUCGCUAUAUGGAGCGGUACAAGCAUGGCCACUCCUCAUGUUGCUGGUGCUGCUGCCAUUCUCCUUGGUAAAGGAAUUGCCGCUUCCGAUGUCCUUCAGCAGCUUCUUCAAGACGCAUCGCAGAACGUUAUCUAUAACACCGACUUUCUCUCCCCGAAUCGACUUCUUUAUCUCAACUAACCAGGAUAAAAAUUCAAAAAUCCCGUUCGAAAAACACGGAAGAUAAUGAAAAAUAAUUUGUGAUUGCUAACAAAGAUAGAAGAUCGAAGUGAAGUGUUGUUAAUAUUUUGGAUCUAUAACACACGCCUCAAACACAAUGUGACAACUGAAACUAGUCAUGUUUAGUCCGACAAUAUCAUAACUAUCUAUAUACACACUAACGAAUGAUUGCUUCCAAUAUACUAAUAAUUAGAACUUGAUUCUUGUAAGUGAAUGGCGAACCAUAAGUCCAUACUGUUGCCCGUGAAGUUGGAAUAAAUUGUUCGUACACCUGAAAAACUUGA